CAUAAUUCUGGGCAUCCGGUGCCUUGUCGCCUUCGCUUCACUUCAGCCUUCAACAAUCACCAACCACCAUUCGACCCUUCCCUUUCGUCAAACCAACCCAUGUUUGCUUGCUUCUUCACGAUAUUUGUUGGCCUUGUCAAUCAUGAUUCAAUCUUUUAAUAUGUACCAUUGACUACGAGAACCUUUCCCAAGAAUUCCCGCGAAACACAAAGCCAACACGGUGCCUUUAAGCGCCUCGAUGAACUUCCAACAUUGCUGACACUCCCUCCUACGAAGCAUCCAUUUCGUUAAACCUGCGAUUACGAGAACUCCUACCUCAUUCGACAAACGCUCAUCACCCUUUCUACCAUCGCGUCACGCUCGGUGAAAAGUCCCUCACCCUAAUCACCUCUGCCAUGCCAUACAAGUAGCAUAAUCUUGAUCCGGCGUCGAAGUUCCAGACGCCAUGGGGAAUACUACCUCCAGCCAGCGUGCUCAGCCAGAUGAUGGACAAGUAGAAGAGCUUAGGCAUGGGAGAAUUAAUGGUGUAAUCAGAGAUGGCGAGGCGAGCUCGGAAGAUAGAGACCUGCGCGCAGGCAGGAGAGCCCCCGGAUCUCUGAGGGCUGCUGGCCAAAGAGCUAGCAUACUCUACGACACUUUUCGUCGCCAUAGACAGACGGACCGAACCAAUUUGCGGACGAGUGCAGGUAACACGUCGCCACCUCCCGAAGAAAUCGAGUAUGAGCAAGAAAACAGACCACUCGUGGAUCCUAGUGAUAUCGAUAUGCCCGACGCAGUAUCAUCACAAAGUGUAUUGCAGACAUCAUCACGCCGUCGAAUAGCGAUGUCGAGGCUUGGGUCGCGGCUGUUACCAGACUCCGUCGCAAGGGGUCUAUUGAACAGUGGAGAGGAAACUGAGGAAGAGGGCCAUGCAUUACGGUACGGCUCGUCGGAUAGAUCACGACCGUCUGUGUACGAGAGAUCACCACAUAGCGAAUCCAACAAUCGGCUGUCUUUGGCCGGUUCAAUCAGCAGAAGACCCAACGUUCGCACAGAAUCAAGACGGCGCCCGAUAAGAGGACCUUUCCCACUUCCACACAACAAUCGUCAGCCAUUGGAGCCAACCCGGUCGUCCGCAGAUUUAUUCGAUGCAGCCCGAGAUGUUUCUAUUCCAGGCACGGCUUCCUUUCGACAUCGAAAUCGUUUCAGCAGAGUUCGUGACUCGAUCUCGAUUUCUGCGCGACUCUCUGGACUGCUUGGCCAAUCUACGGACCUGCCUGAAGCAGGGCAUUCUGGAAGAUCAUCUCCUGCUAGACCAGCCAGGGCGGUGACCUUCGCCGAUGAACGUGACCAUCUAUUACCAUCACUCCAGUCAGGUGACCAACGAAUGGAGACAGACGAGACACCUCACGAGUUGGACGCCGUUGAGCCAGAAGCGAGAACUUUGUUGGCUAGUCCGAGGGUAACCUCCGGCAUGAGUACUAUAAGACGUUUUCAGCCUGGCCUUCGCUCGCGCUCUACUAGGCUUAUUCGUCGCGGCGAGCAUCCACCUCUUUCCCAGGUUUUGCAACUUGCAGCAGCGGCUAUUGCAGCUCAGCUAUCGGGGCAUGCUACAGGUGGCAACCCAGGCGGUCGCCACCUUGGUAGCGAUACGUUCGAUGGCAGUAUUCAGAAUUUCGUUCAAACGCUUCAGGAUGCCGCCACAGCACAAGCGGGAGAGGGCGUGGACAUUAACUCUUCAGACGGAGACCUACCUCCAGUGAACUUCAUGAGAGUCUUCCAGUUUCCAAACGACGAAAACGGAUCGCCCAUCGCUUCCCAAGCGCAGUCCAGAGACCUUGAUCAGAUGGACCUCGAUUCGAUUACUUCACCCGCAGAGACAGAUAGGUCAGUAACGUUGGUACUAGUCGGUGUACGAUCAUUGCCACAUGGCCAAGAAGGUGGUAGUGGAGAGAACGGUACCUUGGGGCCUAGCUUGGACACGCUGUUGAGUCUACCCUUUCUGCCACCAGCGAAUGUGCUACGAAAUGGAAGUUCUGGAGCGUUGUUUGGCCGGUCGGACGCACGAUCAAGAUCAGCUCCUCGGCGGCACUCGAUGACAAAUUUCAGCUUCCCUGCGCAAUACGAAACCCAGAGACAUCAGCGCACACGAUCAAACAUGGGACGGCUAUCAGGUACAGCGGAAACAACCCUCUCAACCAUGCCCGAUGCUGCUGGAAACGUCUCCCAGCUGUCCGAGAGUCCACCUGGACCAAAUCCACCCCCAUCGACCCCAGCUGAUAUCAGAAGUGGACAUGCAACUCCCAUUCGACGUCCCUCUUCUGCUUCCGCAGCCCAAAAUUCUACGCUGCCAGAACUAGAUGAGGAUCAAGCCACGGCGAGUCAAGAGACUGUCGCUUCAUCAUCCUCAUUCAAUACGGCGAGACAGCGAAGACGAAGUGAUUCGGAAUUUGCUCGACGGCCCGAAUUAGGAUCCGGUGCGGCCAGACGAAAUGGCAUGGUCGAGCCUGACCAUCCGCCCGUGGGAGCUGGGCGUAGUUGGCUCAUUUAUGUUGUUGGCACGAAUGUCUCGCCAGACCAUCCAGCGUUCACAAUGCCGAGUCUAUUCACCGAUAAUCCGUCCUACGAGGAUAUGCAAAUGUUGUCAACUCUUCUGGGGCCGGUAAAGCCACCGGUGGCAACGCAGGCAGACGUCAGCUCCGCAGGCGGACUCUUUCGUCUUCUAGAACAUGAGUGUGGGCUUCUCGGGGAGGCCAUGGCGGAAGUCGAAGGGAUAUCUGUCAUGGUCAAUCAUGGGGAGCGUUGCCUCAUUUGUUUGUCGGAUUAUGAAGCAUUUGACGAAGUGCGACAGCUCAAUAAGUGCCAGCACCUCUAUCACCGUGAGUGCAUUGACGAGUGGCUCACAACUGGCCGGAAUAGUUGUCCUCUGUGCCGUGGUCAAGGUGUGCAAGAGCAGGCCAUGUCUUCCAAUCCUGCCCCAGGGGCUGCACCAGGAGCUCCUGUCGUGCUAUGAAUUCCCCUCGAGACCGAAAUUUUGAUACCACCACUUCUUUAUGAUAGCCUUUUCACGAUUUACGAAUCUCUUUAAAACUUUUGCCGAGACAUGUUAUCGGCCGGCACGCGUUGGGUAUUGGUCGGGCCGAAGUGUCCAAUGUAGCAGGUGCACAGUGCUGUGAGGGUGUGCUCGGGGACAUGUUCUCCCGGGGAACACUCUGUUGUCUCACAUCCUCCCAGCAACAUGUUCGGUCAAUGGAGUGAACUUGGCGCAAAUCUCCUAACCAUUGGCGUGUGUAUGUAUGAUCUCUGUCGAGCUAUCCCACUUGGAGCUGGGGUCACCUUCUAGGGGUAGGCAAAGUCGUUUAGCAAUAUACGUGUCAGACAAAGCGAUGAAACAUUUGGAGCGCCGUUUCCGUCGCAGCCGUCAUAGUGGGUGAUGGAUCAUAGAUCACCUACAGUAUUCAUACGUGGGUAGCCAUGACUUGGUUAGCGGUCAGCCCAAGUCUCGGAGAUUGAGAUAUAAAUGGCAGUAGUUGAUGUGCUUCUAGUCGUUGAUGGGCUCGGAAAUUGAUCCCAAACAUUGCGACCAAAAUAGGAUCUCAGAAGUUUGGCUCCUUUUUUACGAACAUUUGUUCGUAUUCGCAGUGUGACGGUCUCCAGGAAAUACUACCUUCGGUCAUUGAUUACGUCGAUGGAGUGAACCCCUGAAGAAUGAGGAAGACCUCCCAUCUCCACGUCCCCAGAACGAUGGAUGCAACCUUUGACACAAGGCGGUACUGUGGUCAAUUUGUCACCUCUUACGGAGCGUUCCUGAGCCUUUGUGGGAAUAAUGCACAAGCAUACCAAGGCCUUGUGAUUUCUUGUUCUGCCCGGCUGCCGACUCGCACGGUGGCUUGAGGUGUGAUUGUUCUUGUCGGUGUUGGACUUGGACACAUGCAGGGGGUAUCCCGAUCCCGGGGGUGGGAUCGCCAACAAUGACCAACGAAAGGAUGUUAUGGGGAGUUAAUUAUACGAGGAGGCAGGGAACGGUUGGUUUGAGUGAAGCCGAGUAUAUGAAGAACCGGAGGUCAAGCGCAGAUCCCUGACUUGUGUACAAUGCACUUCCAGCCAAAGUUGAUACAUCAAUUCCGUGAUCAAGAUCUUCCCAAGGGCAGUAGACUUGAAGCUCGAAUUGGAUCACCUACAGUAAGCUGUUGAUUGAUUGGUAUUGUUGUCCAACAAAGCCCGACUGGGAUUUGUUGUUUACCAAGAACAUUCUCUCCCUGUCAUUGAUAACACGACCAUCAUUAUGUCAUUGGAGAGGAGAGUGAGUAGUUUCAACGGCCGACAAUCUUCUCAUCAUGCAUGGAUCUUCGAACUAAUGGAAAGCCCCAUUUUGGUAAUUUGUAGCGUCCUGAAUGGUUGGCACGCUGACCACUGCUCGCUCGCCCUACCCUGGACAUCCCGUACUUCUCACAUCAAAUCAGAGUUGCCAUGGAUGUACGGAGUACAUGGUGGCUAAUGUCGGUGAGAUCCCUGGACCAAUAUACGCAAUUGAUUUUUUGAAGAAGCAAUGUGUACUCGUAAGUGGC